UCCACACUGGUCUGGUCCACUGUGGACUUCGCAGUAAGGGAAUGACAUGCUUUCUAAUUCGGGCAUUUAGGGACUAAAGAAUUGAUAAGCAAGAUUCAUUGAAUCCGAGAGCCGGCGUCCUUUGCUCUCUCUCAGGCUUCAUGAAUGUUCGUCACCAUGAUGAUGACGGACCAAAUGCUGGACCUCCCGCCACCACUGAGCGCCGAGGUUCCCAUGAUGCACCACAUGAUCAGUGGCGACGCGUCGCAGCAGGUGAUCCUGGUCCAGGUGAAUCCAGGUGAGACGUUCACCAUCCGCAUGGAAGACGGGGCUUUGCAGUGCAUCCAAGGGCCUGCUGAAGUUCCCAUGAUGUCACCGAACGGUUCCAUUCCACCAAUCCACGUUCCUCCUGGCUACGUCUCCCAGGUUUUAGAGGACAACACAGGUGUGCGGAGGGUCGUGGUCACUCCCCACUCUGAAUGUUACCAACCCAGUUACUCGCCGGCUCUGUCCCCGAGCCACCACAUACACCCGCCGUACCUUACGCACCCUCAUUUUAUACCAGCCUCGCACACGUCGUAUUACCCCCCUGUCAGUCCCGGGGACGUGCCUCCCCAUCAGUUCUAUCAGCAUCGACUGCCACCCAUCUACCCUGAAGAGAUCAUCCCUUUGUACAACGUUUCCACUUUCAUGGGUCAUGAGGAGUACUGUAAACCUCCACCCAAGAAGCUGAAACAGCCAGCGGAGCGUGCGGGACUGAAUCAGGUGACCAGUCCGCUAUCCAGCAGCUACAAGACCACCACCCCCUGCACCACCCCCUGCACCACCACUGCAAACGGCUACGGCAAGAACCACACCAGCCCCGGAGGAGGAGGAGGUGGAGGAAGCCCUGGCAGCAAACGGGUAGAUCGGAGAGCCAGAGGAAGCCCCAAACAAAUAGAUGUGGAGCAACAAGAUCACGAUGUGGACGCGAGGCGAGUUCAGGCUGUGCCAUCAGGAAUGGAAAAGCCCCAGGUGUCUAAGGUCCAGUCUCGCUCUGCACUUGUGUCUUGGACUUCGGUUUUCCUGCCAGGCUCUUCUGGGCGGGGCUGGCAGGGAGACGGGGCCCCUCCCACCUGUAACUAUGAACUACAGCUCACAGAUAAGGGAAGGGAUGGAAAAUACAAGGUUGUGUACAGCGGUGAGGAGCUCCAGUACACCCUUAGUGACCUCAGACCAGCCACAGACUAUCAUGUCAGAGUAUGUGCUUUGAGUAACUCCGGGAGAAGCCCCUGUUCGGAUGUGAGGGCCUUCACUACCCAUAGUGGACCCCCUGAUACGCCUCUACCCCCCAGACUGUCCCAUCGCACUAAAAGCUCCCUCACAUUUCAGUGGAAGCCCCCUGCAGACAAUGGCUCGAAAAUCACAAAUUAUAUUCUAGAAUGGGAUGAGGGGAAGAAGAACAGCGUUUUCCGUGAGUAUUACGUUGGACACCAGCGACACUGUAAAGUCGUGAGGUUGUGCCCUGCCGUUGGUUAUACGUUUCGAGUGGCAGCGCUAAAUGACAUAGGCAGCAGUGGAUUCAGCACAGAAGUGGUUUUCUACACCACAGGAAGUCUCCCACAGACGUCCCUUCCUCCGCUGCUGGUGCUGGCUGGUCCGUCGUGGGUUACGCUGGAGUGGACCCGACCGAACAGCUGCAGCCCUGAGGAGGUGGUCACGUACACCUUGGAGAUGCAGGAUGACACAAAGGGACUGGAGUUUUACGCCGUGUACAGCGGUUUGGAGCUGACCCGUAAAGUGGAAUCACUAAGAAGAAACGCACAAUACAGAUUCAGGCUCAUCACAUGUAGCGGCGAGUGGAGGAGUGCACCGAGCUCUUUGCUCGUGUGCAAGACGACACCUGACAGACCCGGAUCCCCACUGAACCCUGCAGUAAACACAGUCACACAUCACAGCUUCUGUGUAACAUGGGAACCUCCACAAGAUGACGGUGGAUCUGGGGAUUUGACGUACGUCUUGGAGAUGUCAGAAGGGGAUUCUGAAGAGAGGCAGUGGUCGACUCUCUGUAGAGGAGCAGAGAGGAAACAUUUGUGUAAAGAUCUAAAACCGUCGACACGCUACUCGCUAAGACUCAGCUGCGUCACUGCGGGAGGGAAAAGUGAGUGCUCUGAUAGCUUGACCGUGUGCACUCUGAACCCACCCCCUGGCCAAUGUCAGCCCCCAAGAAUUGUGGGUAACGUUAAACACAAGGAGCUUAAUUUGCAAUGGGAUGGUUCUGUGCGUGGGGAAGAGCGUGAAGGUGUUGAGUUUAGCUUGGAGAUGUGUGCAAUGGAGGAGGGCUCAGAGCCAGUGGACGUGUACCAUGGAUGUGAAACAGAGUGCACUGUGGGUAAUUUGCUUCCUGGCACCACCUACAGGUUCCAAGUUCGUGCAGCCAAUAAUGCCGGGUUUGGACCCUACUCUGAAUCUGUGGAAAUAAGCACUGCAGCUGGUCCCCCAGGCCAAUGCAGCCCCCCUAAAAUCAACGUGACAUCACAUUCCUGUGCUGUCGUGACCUGGGAGAGCAAAGAGAGUUCUGGGAUAGACAUUUCUGAGUACCGGCUGGACUGGGGAUGUGAUUCUGAAUCUCUUGAGCUGCUCUUCAUUGGAACGGAAACCAACUUCCAGAUCUCCAACCUGGAGGCAUCGACAGAAUACUGCUGCCGACUGCAGGCAGUGAAUCAUGCAGGGGCGGGCCCCUACACUGAGCUUGUGACCUGUCGAACCCCUGCAGCGGUACCUGAUGUAGUAUCUGGAGUUCGUCUUCCGGACCACCCUCCAUCCACAGCCGACAGAGAGUCCUUCUUCCCCUCCACCUGUCUGGCACUCACCUGGGAUGAGCCGUGCUGUAACGGUGCCGACAUCAUUUCCUACAACAUCUCCAUUGAAGACAACCUCAUCACCGUCAGAAACUCAACCUGUUACGUUAUCAGAGAUCUGCUGCCGGACAGCGAAUACAGCUUGCAGAUUCGAGCAGAAAAUGAAAUGGGCUUCGGGCCCUUCAGUCACCCUCUAACGGUGAGGACCAGACCCCUGCCUCCAUCUCCCCCCCGGCUGGAGUGCGCAGCAGUGGGACCUCAGAGUCUGAAGUUACGCUGGGGUUUCGGUAGCAAACGUCCUCGCACAGAUGACACGACAUACGUCCUGCAGAUGGAGGACAAGAAUCAGAGGUUCGUCGUGGUUUACAGAGGUCCGAGUCACACUUUUAAGCUGCAGAGACUGAGCGAAUCGAGCCGGUACAGUUUUCGGAUCCAGGCCGUGAGCAAGGCAGGCGAAGGAUUGUUUUCCGAAACGUACAACUUCAGCACCACCAAAUCUCUGCCGCCAACACUGAAAGCCCCAAGAGUCAUGCAGUUAGAAGGAAAUGCCUGCGAGGUCACAUGGGAGAGCAUUCAACCAAUGAGAGGAGACCGAAUCAGCUAUGUGCUACAGGUGCUGGGUGGCAGAGAAUCGGAAAACAAACAGGUGUAUAAGGGAGAAGAGACGUCCUUCCAGUUGUUUGGCCUGCAGUGGAACACAGACUACCGGCUGCGGGUGUAUGCGUGCAGACGCUGCACAGACACCCUCCAGGAGCUGUGAGGGGCCUUCAGCCCUUCGGCCCACUUGAGCCUGCGCCGGACCGACGCCACGCUGGCUGUGGAGGCAGAUGUCGCCAAAGCGCCCGUGAGCAGAACGCUCACAGACGAACAGUUCGCCAGCCUCAUUGUUUUCGGCGUGGUCUUUCUCUCUGUGUUAAUCGCCUUCCUGCUUCAGCUUCUAAUUUAGACGUCUGGAACAUUGAGUUUUGAAUGUUCCCGUUUGAUCGCUACAGUUUUUAAACCGCAGAUUGCAAACGGUUAUUGCAAGUACUCUUUCACAGUAAUUAUCGGUCUUUUUAUACGCCUGAUUUUAAAGAACAAUCACAUGAUUUUGCUUAUUGUUUUUCAUCUUUUUUUUUUUUUACAGUUUUUAUCUAUGGUAAGUUACAGCUUUAACCAGUCGGUUAUGAUAAAAUGUACUGUUUUGUGUUUUAAGAUGCUGUAAACUAUUUCCUAAGUAUCAAUAGUAUUUUUAACGGUAAAAAGUGGCCUUAAGGUCAUAUUGUGCAAAGCGGAGUGCAGAUUGCAGGGAAGAUGAGUGAGUUGUACUGUCCGUUUUGAAGUCUGUCCCUCGCAUUAUUCAGUAUCUCAAUAUAUUCAAAGUACAUCUUAACACCUUUUGCUUUAGAAGUCCCUUUAUUCUCCUUUAUUCAUCUUUUUUGGGCCUUCUUCAUCAUAAAAGUCAAAAACCACCAGAAACUGUCAGUCCAAAGAGAGUCAGAUGACAGUCUUUGCAAUAAGCAAUGUACAAUGUUGUGAAGUCUGAAAUGUUUGUACCUCAGGGACUUGGGAGGGCCAGAUUAUAGGUGAUGUGAACCUGUGCCUUUAAAUACACUAUUCCAAACUUUUGUGACAAAUCAUUUCAAAUCUGCUGCUCACAGUAUUCCAUUAACUUUCCAUCACAUUAUAGAGUACACGAUCAUGUUUACUAGCUCAGCCCUUAACCAAAGUUAGAGAGCGAAUAAGAUAUAACAGUUUUGUUAGAUUUAUUUAUGCUAUAUUCUUGUACUUUGUAAGGCAAAUCACAGUGCAAUCUUCAUUUAUUUAUUACAAGAAUCAAGAACUGUCAUAUUCUUUAUUUUUCCUCAUGUAGCAUGUCUUUUUAUUUGGGGGAUUAUUACAAAUGUUUGUUUUUUCAAAUAUAGAACAGCAUUUUUAACAUCAUCAUUAACCUGUCUUAUUUUAGAUAUAUAUUUUGUUUGUAGCUUUGUUUGCUCCAAUAGUGUAUUCAGAAAAUCUGAUGUGCGACCUUGUCAUUUCUCACCAAGUUUAAACCAGGUUUUUUUUUACUCGUCUUUAGUCCUCACAUAUUGUAUAUGCAUUGUUGGACUUUUUAGGCAAACAUUCCAUUUAUUUUUACAUUUAGUUGAAGUGACUUGACACUAGAAAACUUGACGUGGAAUCACUUGAAGAAUACUUGUUACUUUUUCAGACCAUUUACCCUAAACUCAAGACCCUGAAUCCAUGUUUUAUAAAUGCGGAAAAAAAUCAGAAAUUUAAAGCUUUUUUGUUGUUGUUCAUGUUUUAAAGUUGAUCCUAGGACAUCAGGUCAUAAGUGGUCUAAACAUAGUUUUCUAUGCUUGCAUUCAAAAAAAUCAUUCCAUGUUACCAUUUUUUUUAAAUAUAACUAUGUCUCAUUUAUUGAUGUAAAUUAUAAUCGUAGACAUUAUAUUUAAAAAAACUACCUUAUCAUUUUAAAUGUAUAGAUAUUGAAAAUACUACCCUUUGUAUUUAAGAUGAUUAUGUAUCUGUAGCAUAUAUGUAAUAUAUUUAUACGCAAUAAAUUUUUUUAAAU